AUGUGGGCCCUCGUCGAUUGGGCCUUGCCAGCCACCAGAAAUUACGCACUAAAUGCAACCCACAAUUUCAUCACCACAGCAACAAGGCAAAAUUUGAUUCCUUUGCCUGCACCCUUCACGCGGCCGCCAAGGAACGUGGGGCCUUUUACCCUCGGCAAAUGCUUCAAUGCGGAUGUUGCCGAUAACGAUUGGACGCCUGAGACUGCUGCCAAAGGUCGCGGGCACAAACGCCUACCCAGUGCCUGGUACAAUCUCAAUAAAGUGAAAGAGAGCUCAUUAAAAUCCGAGAUCAGAGGCGAAAGCUUGUCUACGACCGACAUUACAUCUACCAGAUUUGCUGAGAUCGGUGCACGCGAAGGAGCAGGAGUACAGGACGCACCAAGUACGAUUACUUCGGAACAAGCGAAAUUUAAAAGGGCGACAGGUAGAACGCUACAUCCACAGCUAGGUGAAAAACCUGACGCAUUUGUAAGCUUGGGCAGCUGCGCAGAGGACUCAAGGACACCUUGGCCAGCUAACAAGAAGCUAGUGCUAUUUGCAGACGAGGAUUUCAUCGCGAUUAACAAGCCAUCUGGUGUAGCUCCCGAGAGUCUAGCCGUACGCAUAGGCACAUGCCUCUGCAGUUCUAAUCCCAAGACACAAAUCAACGCCUAUGCCCUGUACAUUGCAUACUCCCUUGAUCCUGGAGAAUGCUCUAGAGUUGUAUCUGCGGAUGUCUCUGAAUGUGCCGCAGCACCAGCUACCCAAGUUAUUGAAUACCAGCCCCUAACCUUUUUUGAAAGGGGCAAUCUAGCGCUCGCCCGAGGAGCAGCAACAGUACUGGUGCCUACGGUGGUAGUUCACGGUGGCCACUGCAGCGGAGCGGUUCUAUUCUGCCGCAGUCGCGCAGGAGCGGCGAUCUUUCGCAAGGCUAUAGCACAGGGAGGCUCUGGGACCCAGCAGUUACUGGCGAUCGUAGAAGGACCUCCUCCUGGCCGAAGCGGGGUUGUAAAGAUCCCUCUGCGCUAUGACAAGGCGCUAGGUGCUGCCAUCCCAUGUGCACUCCACUUGGGCGGUUCCGCUGCUCUCACAAACUGGACCCUUUUGGGCACUGCAAAGUGUCCUAGCGGCCAUAGAGACGACACUAUCAACACUGACAGCUACAAUCUCGGUCGAAGCGUCUUAUUACUCCUUCUAGAAACGGAUUUGGGAGGUAUUCCCGAUCAAAUUCGUGCUCACUGUGCUUUUGGACUUCAGUGUCCACUCAAAGGAGACAAGCUGUACAUGAGGAUCCUGCACGGCUGGCGCCAGGCACAAGGCCAUCACGCAGACCCAAUAGGAACAACACUUUCAAGUUCACCCUAUCAUAGCCAGCCCUCAAGCUGGGCCGCUACCCUUGCCCAAGCCGCUAACCCUUACUUUAAAGCUUUUCCUGGAGAUCUAACCUCAGUUCCCCCUCGUGGGGUACCAUCACGGUUCAGCGCAACAAUGGCACACAUCCACACUUUGGCCGAUCUUGAAAGGCAGGACAAGCCUUACAGCCCACAGAUGGCCUCCCAAACAUCUGUGGGCGGGGGAAACGCGUUCCCAUUCAUGAACGGAAGCAGCCCUCCGUCUUCGCGAAAUGUGCUGGAAUAUUUGUUUCCUCACUUCAGCUUCAAGCACUGCGUUUUCAUUAUCACAAUUAUCGAUGUAGUCAUAUACAUCGCUUCAGUGGUUUACGAUCACUCCAGAGGCGACGUGACGAGCCCUUCCCAGCAUGCUCUCGCGAUGUUUGGCGCAAAUAUUCCCGAGGAUAUAAGCAGGGGCCAGUUUUGGCGCUUGCUGUGUCCGAUAUUUCUGCACAACAGCAUAUUGCAUCUACUGGUCAACGCCUACAUGCAAAUUCGUGUAGGAGCGGUGCAGGAAGCAAAAUAUGGCACCCCUCGGAUUCUCAUUGCGUAUCUUGUGUGCGGCAUUCUGGCAAACUUGAUAUCCAACGCCGUUUUUUUCUGCAACGUGCUGAAGGUCGGGGCGUCAACAGCUAUAUUCGGCCUCAUUGGAAUUGACCUUGCACAACUGGCAAUAAUUUGGCCAGGCGUAGAAAAUCGGCGUCCCGUCAUCGCACAACUGCGGAUGACCCCCGUACUCUUUUUUCUCACUGGCGAGACUACGAGGUCGAGAGGGGCUGUGAAUGCUUCACGGAGUGGUGGUGUUUUAUCGGAAGCCCAAAAUAACGACGGGGACGACUACAUGGGGAGCGUUGUUCUGCAGCGACCGUCAAUGAAAAAUAUAGCGCAGAGGGCUGCCAAAUACUGUGCACGAAGGCUGGCGAUGACACUUGAGAAAGUGGCGCACUUCUCCCUGGCCUAA